AUUACCACCAGCAAGCGACAUUCUGAAGUCGUUGCAACAUCUUUCGGCACUCAACCCAAGGAUCUUCACAGGGAACCUCAUAACAAAACUAGCUACAGCUGCCAUGCUUCCUUUAUCUGCGCGCACCCUUCCGGGUGCUCUUUAUGCACGACCACGCUUGAUCUCAUCGAUUCCUCGAAUCCAACUAGUUGCACAUAUGUCAACUACUCCAAAUAAAUCAGCCACAGCGCUUGAGCACCAAGGACAUUCCGGCCUGCCGCUGACUGCCUCUGGAAAGAUACGGAAGGAGGUACCUCUACCGAGCCAGGAGAAGAAAGAGGGUGCGAUGCAAUAUGUGCUGACUACCUUGGAUCAAGUUGCGAAUUGGGCACGUCAGAGCUCUCUUUGGCCUAUGACUUUUGGUCUCGCUUGCUGCGCUGUCGAGAUGAUGCAUCUGUCUACCCCGAGAUAUGAUCAAGAUCGCCUAGGAAUUAUCUUUCGAGCCUCUCCCCGCCAGUCAGAUGUCAUGAUCGUAGCUGGCACGUUAACGAACAAAAUGGCACCCGCUCUUAGGCAGGUUUAUGAUCAGAUGCCCGACCCACGUUGGGUUGUUAGCAUGGGCAGCUGUGCAAAUGGUGGUGGCUACUAUCAUUACAGCUACUCCGUUGUUCGUGGGUGCGAUAGGAUCGUCCCUGUUGAUGUUUAUGUUCCUGGAUGCCCACCGACCUCCGAGGCAUUGAUGUACGGAAUCUUUCAACUCCAGAAGAAGAUGAGGCACACCAGAAUCACACGCAUGUGGUACAGACGCUAGAUCUUUGGUAUAUGUUCUAUCCUCCUAUUCGAACCCAAGGGCUCAGUUAAGGUAGAUGUAAAAUUAAAAUCAUUUCUGUUGGUCAAUAAGGCAGGCUAGUUGCUAUCCAUACUUACAACUAUUACUUUGUUAGC